AUUCUACAGGCUUGGGUCUGGUGGGGGUGAGGAGAGAGUGGAGGGACUGUGUCCCAGUUGGUGGUGUGUAGGCACUAUGCUUAGUCUCAUCCAUGUCUGUUUGUCCUCAGCCCUGAGGUGCGCACCGAUAUUCGCGCCGGUUUAGCGGUUCUACGACCCAAAGAGUCCAGGGAGAUUCACCGAGUGGUGCCUGGCGUGUAGGACCAUGCAACCGCCCUGUGGCUCUGAGCCGCGGCCCGCGAUGUCCCAGCCACUGUGAACCGUUUGGCCCGCGCCAACCUGCUCAGCCCAGACAGGCUCAGCCUCUGGUACGCUCCACUCUACCACUCUACGGGAGGCCACUGGCACAGAACAGCAAGAGGGAGCAGGGAAGGCCUCCCCCCUCCGGCGGGGGACGCCGGGCUCAGCGUAGGGACACGCACUCCGACUGACUGGCACUGGCGGCGAGGGAUGUCGCCCUGGCCGAGGUGGCAUGGACCCGCCAUGGCGCGGCUCUGGGGCUUCUGUUGGCUGGUUAUGGGCUUCUGGAGGCCCUCUCUCGCCUGCCCCAUGUCCUGCAAAUGCAGUGCCUCUAGGAUUUGGUGUACAGAGCCUUCUCCUGGCAUCGUGGCAUUUCCAAGGUUGGAACCUAACAGUGUCGAUCCGGAGAACAUCACCGAAAUUUUCAUUGCAAAUCAGAAAAGGUUAGAAAUCAUCAAUGAAGAUGACGUUGAAGCUUAUGUGGGGCUGAAAAACCUGACAAUUGUGGAUUCCGGAUUAAAAUUUGUGGCUUACAAAGCAUUUCUGAAAAACAGCAACCUGCAGCACGUUAAUUUCACACGAAACAAGCUGACAAGUUUGUCUAGGAAGCAUUUCCGCCACCUUGACUUGUCUGAGCUGAUCCUGGCGGGCAAUCCAUUCACAUGUUCCUGUGACAUUAUGUGGAUCAAGACUCUCCAAGAGACUAAAUCCAGCCCAGACACUCAGGAUUUGUACUGCCUCAAUGAAAGCAGCAAGAAUACCCCCCUGGCAAACCUGCAGAUACCCAAUUGUGGUCUGCCAUCUGCACGUCUGGCUGCCCCUAACCUCACCGUGGAGGAAGGAAACUCUGUCACACUUUCCUGCAGUGUGGCGGGGGACCCACUCCCCACGCUGUACUGGGAUGUUGGGAAUUUGGUUUCUAAACACAUGAAUGAAACGAGCCACACGCAGGGCUCCUUAAGGAUAACGAACAUUUCAUCUGAUGACAGUGGGAAGCAAAUCUCUUGUGUGGCAGAAAACCUCGUAGGAGAAGAUCAAGAUUCUGUGAACCUCACUGUGCAUUUUGCACCAACUAUCACAUUUCUCGAAUCUCCAACCUCAGACCACCACUGGUGCAUCCCCUUCACUGUGAGAGGCAACCCCAAGCCAGCUCUUCAGUGGUUCUACAAUGGGGCAAUAUUGAAUGAAUCCAAAUACAUCUGUACUAAAAUUCAUGUUACCAAUCACACGGAGUACCACGGCUGCCUCCAGCUAGAUAAUCCCACUCAUAUGAAUAAUGGAGACUACACUCUCAUGGCCAAGAACGAGUACGGAAAGGAUGAGAGACAGAUCUCUGCUCACUUCAUGGGCCGACCUGGAAUCGAUUAUGAGACAAACCCAAAUUAUCCUGAAGACCUCUAUGAAGACUGGACUGCAGCAACUGACAUUGGGGAUACUACGAACAAAAGCAAUGAAAUCCCUUCCACAGAUGUUGCUGGUGAAACCAAUCCGGAGCAUCUCUCGGUCUACGCUGUGGUGGUGAUUGCGUCUGUGGUGGGAUUCUGUCUGCUGGUGAUGCUGCUUCUGCUCAAGUUGGCAAGGCAUUCCAAGUUUGGCAUGAAAGGUCCGGCUUCCGUCAUCAGCAACGACGAUGACUCGGCCAGCCCCCUCCACCACAUCUCCAAUGGGAGUAAUACUCCAUCCUCUUCAGAGGGCGGUCCUGAUGCUGUCAUUAUUGGAAUGACCAAGAUUCCUGUUAUUGAAAACCCCCAGUACUUUGGCAUCACCAACAGCCAGCUCAAGCCAGACACAUUUGUUCAGCACAUCAAGAGACACAACAUUGUUCUGAAGAGGGAGCUUGGUGAAGGGGCCUUCGGAAAAGUCUUCCUAGCAGAAUGCUAUAACCUCUGUCCUGAGCAGGAUAAGAUCUUGGUAGCUGUAAAGACGCUGAAGGAUGCCAGUGACAAUGCCCGCAAGGACUUUCACCGUGAAGCCGAGCUGCUGACCAACCUUCAGCAUGAGCACAUUGUCAAGUUCUAUGGUGUCUGUGUGGAGGGCGACCCACUCAUCAUGGUCUUUGAGUACAUGAAGCAUGGAGACCUCAACAAGUUCCUUAGGGCACACGGGCCGGACGCGGUACUGAUGGCGGAAGGCAACCCACCCACUGAGCUGACCCAAUCUCAGAUGCUGCACAUCGCUCAGCAAAUUGCAGCAGGCAUGGUCUACCUGGCAUCCCAACACUUCGUGCACCGUGACCUGGCCACCCGGAACUGCCUGGUGGGGGAGAACCUGCUGGUGAAAAUUGGGGACUUUGGCAUGUCCCGGGACGUGUACAGCACCGACUACUACAGGGUUGGUGGCCACACGAUGCUGCCCAUCCGCUGGAUGCCUCCAGAGAGCAUCAUGUACAGGAAAUUUACCACUGAGAGUGACGUCUGGAGCCUGGGGGUCGUGUUGUGGGAGAUCUUCACCUAUGGCAAGCAGCCCUGGUAUCAGCUAUCCAACAACGAGGUGAUAGAAUGCAUCACCCAGGGCCGAGUCCUGCAGCGGCCUCGCACGUGCCCCCAGGAGGUGUAUGAGCUGAUGCUGGGGUGCUGGCAGCGGGAGCCACACAUGAGAAAGAACAUCAAGAGCAUCCACACCCUCCUUCAGAACUUGGCCAAGGCAUCUCCUGUCUACCUGGAUAUCCUGGGCUAGGGCCCUCUCCCCAGAUCACCCUUCCCAAUGCACUCCUCAGACUGGCCGGCACGAUGAACCUCUUAACUGCCGCUGGGUGUCCUGACCUUGCUGUCCAUCCUUCUGACAGUAUUAACAAGACAAGGAGCGGCUCUCGAGGGAAGCAGUGUGUACUUCUCCAUCCACAGACAGUGUUAACUCGCUUCUGGCGUUGUCUCCUUCUCUCUGCCCAUCCCCUUUGGUUUCUUUCUUUCUUUUGAUCUUUCACCUUUUAUUUUUGGUCUUCCCUGCUUCAUGGUCCUCGGCCUCUCUCCUUGAUCAAUCUGGCUUCUGUAUUCCUAUUAACUGUACAUAGACAAAGGCCUUAAAAAACCUAAUUUGUUAUAUCAGCAGACACUCCAGUUUGCCCACCACAACUAGCAAUGCCUUGUUGUAUUCCUGCCUUUGAUGUGGAUGAAAAAAGGGAAAUCAAACAUCUGACUUAAACCGCCACUUCCGAUGUACAGACAUGGGGCAUUUCUAUGGAUUCACUUCUAUUUAUUUAUUUAUUUAUUUAUUUAUUUAUUUAUUUAUUUAUUUUUACUCUUCUGAUUGUUUUCUGGUGGUUUUAGAUUGUGUAUGAAAAGGAAAAGUUGUAUACAAUCUAUGAAUAUUUUGUCUGUGGGAGAUGAAAACCAGAGAGAGAGAAGUGUUUCUCUAAACUACAGCAUGAUCGGAACAGAGACACCAAUGGGGUCAUCUGGGGUCAGUCCCUGCUUAGGAAAACCCAGCAGCUGUUAGUUGGGAGGACCAUGUUCGGCACCGUUCCCUGAGGACCUUUCUGAGGAGGAAAGAGGAUGUUGAACUCUGCAUCAUGGACGGAGUUUCCAGUCACAGACACUGGCCUGCAGAGGAAAGAAAAGACGGCUUCCAUGGGACCCAGAGGACACAUCAUACAUUGAGACAGUGCACGGUGGUUGGGCAUGAUGGUAGCGUUGAUGUGUUCCUCAAGGGUUAUCUACCAAGCUUUCGUCAAGUUCAGUGGGAAAGAGCUAGAUUCUCACUCAGAUACUGUUUCAGGGUCAGAUGGGAAAAUCUGAGUCCUUGAUAAAGACAGGAGACACUCUCGAUUCUGAGGAAAGUUUCUCUUACCUUGAAUUUUUCAGACAGCAAUUCCCUCCAGUCCCACCCUCCACUCUUUCCUGUCUUUUAACUGUGCAAAAAAACUGUGCAUGGUCUUUGUCAAUACCUAUGUGCAGAAACUACUGCUCCAGCUGUGGUGGCCUAGGUAGGGCAGAUCCAUAAAAGGUCUAACUUAUGCAACUUAGGGAAGGUAACCAGAUCAGCAGCUGAGAACACUCUACAGUUGGUGGUGAUAAGCUUACCUAAUAGGCAUGCUGAUGCCUGGUGUCUUCAUCUGCCUCAGACCCUCAGGAGUGUGGGACAGGCAGAAUCCAUCCCGGAGGGAAAGGAAAGCUCUCUUGGGGGCAGCACCUGAGUUCCCAUUCAAGUGUGUGCAGGUCAAGUCUCUUGCUCUGGGCUCCGUUUGGGAGAGUGUGGUUUCACUCAUAUGUACUCAUUGUCAGUAUGCUGUUUUGUUAUCUAUACUCCAUUAAAAAAAAGUAAAAAAAAAAAAAAGAACAAGAAAGAAAAAAUUAAAAAUUGACACUGUAUGGCUAAUGGGAGGCUAUGUCCAGACUGAGCCUGGAGAUAUGCUUCUGAGUAUGAUCAUUGGUUUUUCUAAAAGAGUGUAAAUUUAAAUAGAAAUUUACAGUCAUUAGGGUAGUCAGUUAAACCAAGAGAGAACAGCAUUUCCGUUUCUCUGUCCCCUCUGUGAGGGGAAGUUCGAUAAACUUGACAUCUUUAUAACAUGAGCCAGAUGGGAAGGGAGCGACUUCAUUCACCUUAGCGCAUUCUAUUUGGUAUUUAUUUCUGAAGGUGCAAGAGCUCUGGGUAGGUUUCAUCUGUGCCCAUUAAUUUCUGGAGCACUGUGUUUUCUAGUAUAGACUUUGAAAGCAGCUUCUCACAACAAAAAAUAAAAAUAAAAAAACUCAGUGUAAAUUAACCGAGAACAGAAGGUGAUCCAGUGGACCCUCUCACGGGAGGGGUCGCUCAAGGCAGAUGCUGGGGUCCUUUCUGCAGCACUGGCCCGUGGGAGAUGGGAGUCACUUGUCCUCUUUGUCCACUGAAACAAACCCUCCAGAAUACCUAUAAUACUAUAACGAAAGCCAUAUCUCUGUGAUAUAUACGGGCAGGUAUAUAUCAUAUAGAGGACCCGUGGUACUGUCAAAACACUGUGGAACUGUGAAGCGGUAAAGCAAAGGCAGAUUCCACCAGCGAUGACCGAGGAACUGGCCCUGGUCUGUCGCUCCGAGUCUGACCAGUUGCCCUGGAGAAAAAGCUGCAAGUUGCUCAGCAGCGAAUAGAGGAGAUGGCACUGUAAGAGGUCAGGGUCAGGGGAGCCAUGCAGGCUUACGUCGAAGGUCUGUAAUGAGAGUGUGAGAGCAUGAAAGCAUUCCAUUCCCGUUCUGUGUUUUCCUUGGCAGGAAAAAAGCAAAAAAAGAGAUUCCUUAUACUUUUUGACAAGUCUCUGAAGGUCUUAAAAUGAAAGUGUCUAUGCAAGUGCAAAAUUUUGUAGUUAUUUAUACUGAUUAUUAUUAUUAUUAAUUAUUAUUAUUAUAGGUCCCUCUGCUUUGUCAAGAAUAUGUGCCAGUUUCAGAGCAUUGCAGAACAUUUGAUUGCUUUUUAAGUAGUUGGGUGAGCCAAGGACAUCUUAAAAUAGUUGUCACUAUUCAUCUAUUAUCCCCUUUCUUGUGGUAUGUUAAUUUUUAGAAAAGAAACACUCUUGUUCUAAAAUGUAUCCCUCUCCAAACAAGACAAACAUGGUGGCAGCAAACCAAACUCUCCACCCCAAACCACAAUGGCAUCCACUCCAUUUCUAAACUACUUGAUGGUUUCUGAGUGCUUUUUACAUGUGUUGGCAAAUUAUUCAUAUUUUUCAUGAAGGAAUUGGGAUUCAGAAGCUCACAGGCCAUGGGCUUCACCCAAGUCUGCUCACUAGACAUGUAACAAACAAACGACAUUCAGGAAGGAAACCAUGCCAGCAUGUCUGUGAAGCAGGAGGGGAGUUGGGACAAAAGAAAACAUGCACGGUACAUGCAGAUGACAUGUUAUAUCAUGUGCUUCUGCUCCUGGCUUCUGCUGACUCUCAUACAUUGAACCAAUGUCACAAUCAGCCUCAUCUAGAAAAUGCUUCGAACACUGCUGUCAAGGGUUCUAUCAGAAUUCAUGCACACAUGCUCACAUCAGCUCCACUUGUGGUGUUUUCAUGUACUUAUAUAUAUAUAAAAUAUAUGUUAUAAACACUUGAUUUAUACAUAUACAAAUGCACAUGUGUAGUGUGUUUGUGUGUUUAUGUAUAAACAUAUAGGCACAUGGUAAUAGAAUAAUUAUAAGUAGGGUGCAAUAUGAAUAAUUUGCUUAAAAUUUGCUAAAUAACCAAAACUUUCUGAUGUCGUGUGACACUGGUGUUUCCACUCUCCACGUGGGUAAGGACUACACCACUUUCAACUCCGUGCAGUCCUUGGAUGAAAGCUUUGUUGAAAGCCACAUAUUCCCUGAAACAACCGACUGAAAGCCAUCCUCUACAUUGAAUAUGUUCUCUGGCUCUUUGCAAAGGAAAAAUGCAGAUAAAUGGUCUCCUUGUGCACAGGUCCAGGAAGGAGACGUGAGUUCUCCCCUUUGCACAUUUGUACUGUGCUCACCUUUUCCAUUCUAACCCCAUUCUAGAUGCAAACUACAGUGUUGUUGGGAGACUUGUGUCUUGAAAGCUGAUGGCAAAACAUCCAGGAAUCCACAACAAGAUGGGCAGCUUGUAGUUACCCCUCAUCCACAUGGAGAGCAAGAGCCAUGGUGUGAAGUGCUGUCUUUCCCAAGGCCUGGACAGUGGGAUCCCUGGUCAAGGGCAGAGUUUUUUUAAACCUCUCCUUUUGCAAAUAGGACUGCCAGCAAUACCUGGCAUUAAGUCAUUUCUAAUUUCUAAAAUGGCGACACAGACACAUGCACCCUCAUUGCUCUGCUUCUACAUCCCUUAUAGAGGGCUUCUAUUUCCAAACUUGACCUUCGGUUUGGCCCUGUAUCAUGGAUAUAGGAAAUCUCACGAGAGGAAUGGCUAAUUGCUAAUCCCCAGAUGUCCAAGUUUUCAGUCUAAGCCAAUUCUUCACAAUGUAUAACUGGAACGUAGAGACUCAGGUUGUGAUAGCUCGGACAUGAAUUUCAAAUGCUAUUGUAAAGAACUGGGGUGGGAGGGGUUUGUAGUUAAAGCAACAGUAGUGCAGGAAGACAUAUUUUCUUGUUGUCAGGGCUGGAAUCAAUCACUGCUGCUGAAGUCAGAGGUUCUUGACUGUUCUUAGCUGUGGCAACCUUCUCUUCUUUCCCUUCAACUUUAUUUAUUUAUGUUUUCAUUUAUUUAUUAGCUUUUGGUCCAUUCAUUAUAAACAUGAAGCAAAAAAUAUUACAUACAUGUAAAUGUGUUGCAAGCAAAACACUGUGAAUCUCACAACCACCUCCAAGCAACUAUGCUGCCAUGCUGAUGUGUGUCUCAGGAGAAGAGAUGGGAAAAGCUGGGGACGUCAUUUUGCAGCCUAUGCAUUCUGGGCCAGGUCCACGUUUAUUUUAUUUCUUUGUAAGUUAAGAAAAGUGAUCCUGAGUAGAGGAUCAACUGAGGAACGGCCGACUGAAUGUUCAAUGAGCUAGGCAAAGUAUCAUAAGCCGCUUGUAGCUAUAUGUUUGGGCAGGAAGGAAAAACAUGGAAGAUGGAGAAAGGAAACUUGAUGUAGAGGGCUCUAUCUUACAGCUCGUAUAGCUUACUGUUGCUUAAAAUGUAUACAACAGCUGGAAAUAUUUUCAAUACAAGGUAUUUGAAUUAAAUGUGAAUUUUAAAUCUGUACUCCCUUAAGGAAUGAACAUAUUAUGGCGAAAUCUCUCUCCCUGCGUCCCUUACAAAUCUGCCUAGAGACGUGGACGCCUACAUUUGCUUACGCACCAGACAGAUGUUUGUAUAUACAGGCCAUACACACACUCAUUUCGACAUCUCUCUGCAGACAGAUUGCCCCUUCAACAGUGACCUGGUAUUUAGAACUCUAUCUUUUGGUUGGUUUAUUUCCCUUUUAAUGUGACGUCUCUGUGCCGAUCUCUACAGGCCUGUAUUUGUUUUUGCAAUCUGUUUUGAGGUCCAGUGCUUCACUGAGACUCACUGCAUCUUGGCUGAUUUCAAAGUGACACCUGAAUACAGUGUUUAAAAAAAAAAGUUUGUUUGUAAAUCAUGUGACCAGCUUCUCUCAACCUGACAUGGAAUGUCUCUUGUACUACAGUGUAUUUAAUAAAAAAACGAUGUCUUACAAUAAAUAACAUCCUCCAUGAGA